GACUAUACUUUAUUUCCACAGACGUAUUUUCUGUAUUUGUACUACAAAUAAUUUCAGCAUGUGAUAUCCUCGAUCAUGAUGUUUUCAAAUGAUCACAAUAGGCUGUGGUAGAUAUUGACACCUGGUCACUAAAAGUAAAUUUUGUCUCAUCAUCUACUUAGUGUGAAAUGAAGUUACGUUAGAGUACAAGAUGUUUCAAAUGAUUAUUAUAAUGGAAUCUUUGUUCAGGAAAUUAGAAUACAUUUAGAAUAUAAUGGAUAUGGUCAGGACAAAUUUGCAUAUGGCACUUAUUCGUGCUAGAGUGUGCUGGAAAAAUCACAGCUUCUCGGUAUCCUUGCUAAUUGCCAUGUGUAUUCCGUUGAGACGCCUACAAAAAUAACUAUAAAGGCAGAGUUAUUUUUAACCAGUUACCUAAAAUACACUUGAGGUAGUUUUGCAUAAAAAUCUAAUUGAAGAACUGCUGAAAACACGUCGUGUUAUAUUAUUCUUUACAACUCUUGUUUAACACUUUACAACUCGGGUUGAAAGCGUUCAUGCAUUAGCUCUAUCCGUCUCUCGGGCUGUGUGUUUGUUGGCAAGAUACGGGCAUGAUAACUCGUAGUAUUAUCCAUACUAUUCAUAUUUAAAACUGGACAAAUUGAUCCAAGCCUUUCUCAAAAGCCGGCGAUAUUCAUUCGUUGCAAAUAAAAACCUGUGUAGGACAAACGCAUGUUGAAAGCAUUGCAGAAUUCACGCAUAUACAUGUCUUCCUUGUUUUAAAAUCCAUGUCACAUUCUGAAUUGCGCAGCCUGUCCAUAGUUGUUACUUGCAGCAGGCGCCAUUCAUCGCUGCCACCGCCACUAAUCAGAUUGAGUUGCGAAUGUGCGAUGCGCUGAGUUGAUUUUACUCCCGUAAACGCUCGGCUAGCAUAACCACCCACGCUCCCCAUCUGUUCGCUCAAUGUGCUCCCGCCCACCCUCGCGAAACUGCCGUUAAACCUGACCUAUAAAAUGUGAUUAUCACUUCGCAGACGAGGAGCGAAUGUGUGCCCGGGGUUCGGCUGCGACCAGGAACUGGUGCCAGCGCCUGCGGCUCGGGAGACCCAAAUCAGAUAAGUUGCCGAGCUGGGCUAAGGUGGUCGUUCCUCGGAUUUUUUAUAUCACGGAGAAGGCAUGGAACUACUACCCAUACACGAUCACAGAAUAUACGUGCUCUUUCCUUCCCAAGUUCUCCAUUUACAUUAAAACAAAGUACGAAGACAAUAAUGGAUCGAACGAUCACAUAUUCUCUGAUGAACAAAACAAUGCCGACAAGGAAGUUUGCUCGUUGGAUAUUGCCUAUGAUGAAAUCCCGGAGAGAUAUUUCAAAGAGUCGGAGGACCUACGGGGGUUCAUGUCGACGCGCACGGCCCGCGGGCCGCUGCUGGAGGGCUGGCGGGAUGACACGACGCCCGUCAUGUGCUCCUACAAGCUGGUCACCGUCAAGUUCGAAGUGUGGGGGCUCCAGACUCGAGUCGAGCAGUUUGUUCACAAGGCCAUCAGGGAUGUGCUCCUGACCGGACACAGGCAGGCCUUCGCAUGGGUGGACGAGUGGUAUGGAAUGACGAUGGAGGAGGUGCGGGAGUAUGAGCGCAACACGCAGGAGGCGACCAACAAGAAGCUGGGCAUCCUGCCACCUGUCAUUCUCAUCUGCGAGCCGGCCGUGCAGCCCGUCACACGCAGCGCGCCACCCAGCGCCCCCUCUACGCCCAUCACCUCCGAGCCGCCCGACUUCCUGGGGCCGCCCAAGGAGCGCCAGCGCAAGACGUCGGCGCCUGAGACGCUCACACUGCCGCAAAGUCACUGCCGUCCGAGCAGCCUACCCUGACCGAGCCUCGACAACUGACUCGGCAAACUGAGGACCACCGCCCACCACCCUCUUGCGGUGCGGCAGUAUUUCUCAUCCGAAGAAACUCUCGCUUUGUAAAUGGGGCCCAGCAGAAAAGAACACAAUGCCAAAAACACAACCUUCCUGCCCACCAUGACUCUGCUGCUUCUUGUAUCUGAGGCAGAUUGGCGCCAGGAGAGGAUGUUUUUUCUGCGGUUCACACCCAGCAGCAUCACCACCUUCGCUGUAACACUCAAAUGAGCAUCACCACUGACUGAAUGUGGACUGCCUCCACUUCCUGGGGAUAUUCACAGAUAAUACACACACACGUACACUGGUGCCAAUGGCCCGUGGCCUCAUAACUCAAUAUAGCCACGCACACGUAGUUGCACAAGUUAGAUGUUUUAGAUUAAGUUUGGUGGGAUGUCUGAGGUAUUUUUAUGGUCAAAUGUAGAAGUUGCAAUGUGCUUUUGUUGCCAUAAUUUAUCCUGGAGUAUGCCAAAAGUGGCCAAAAAAGAGGUACUUGCACUUUUGCUUCAACAGAAAGGAUUUGUAAAUUCAUAUUUUUUUACAUUGGAAAGUUAUAUUCAUAAAUCUGAGUUUCCAUUGCACUGUUUGGCUCAAACAACUGAUGUUUAUUCGAUGCAAAUUUGGAAAAUGAACAAGAAUAAAAUGUAAAAUGGGAGUAGGAUAUAAAAUGUACACAUUUAUUAAUUAUUUUGUCAAAUAAUGCACAAUAAUAAACUCGGCUUUAUAAAGCGCCAGCCAUUCAAAUUAAGAAUCUCAAAUAUAAAUAUUUAAAUAAAAUAAUGUCAUGGCAGAAACUCUAAUCAGAAUGCCACUGGAAAAUCAAUGUGUAAAUCACAGUACACAUCACGCAGUAGCAGCUCUGUAGGUUGCCAUGAUUGUGCUGAAUAGUUCUCCGAUAUGUUUUCGGGUCGUACUGUGCAUUGUUUGGUACAAUGUCUAACGUUUUGCUCCCAGCACGUGGAGUCAAACUUUGGACAUGUAUGUUUAACUUCUUUCGCGCACCAUACAUCCAUUCGUGUUGAUCGUACAUCAUAUUGUACAAUGCAAAGAAUAACCCGAAGACACAUCCAAGAGGCAAGUUAUUCAACUCAAGCAAAUACUUUCUGAUGAAAAUAAGUCACGUUAUUUACCCUCCUUAUUCAUAACAAUCCAGAAUGAGGGGCAGUCAAAAACAUUUGAGAGCGAUUUGAUAUAAAACAAAAGUUACACCAUCCCAGUGUUGAGCUUCUAGUCAUAUCAUCGAAUAAAUAAAUGUUAGAAGUGAUUGUUUUAAACAUUACAGCAAAGUGUUCAUUGUCGGUUUGUGACUGCCUUUAGAAUAUUUUUCUUAAUCCUGUAUAUAUUUAUACUGUAAUAUGUAUAAUUACAGUAUAA